GUGAGGAUUUGGGACGGGGGAUGAGAUGCUCCAAACAAAUCUACACAGAACUGAAGUCAGCUGGGCGGAACCUUUUAAACACAGUCUAGCAGAGCGAGAUUGAAACAGAGCUCAGGUAGAUCAGGUAACAGUGGUUGUUUAAAGGAAUACUGAGGAAAGAGAUCAGAUAGUUAGGAAUAAUCGUGUAGGCGUAAAAGUGGCUAGUGUGAUCUCAACUGCCCAAUCUGCUGUGGGCGCUUCCACCAGCAGAUUGCAAGAACACGUCAACAGUAAAACAAUGAAGGGUCAAACUCAGGUGCCUGAAGAGAAUACGAGACCAUUGAACCCAAAAGAGCAAGUACCACGUCCGGGAAAACACAGAAGAGCCAUGAAAGCUCCAAAGGCCCAGAAGGAGAAAAAGUUCUCCAUAAAAAAGAUCUUUAUUAUAAUCCUGAUAGUUUUGGUCGUACUCGCCAUCCUGGCUGUGGCUGCUUACUUUAUCAAGCAGCUGAUCGAAAGCAAGUAUUACUUUUGCUCUAAGUCGGUUAAGUUCAUUCCUUUGGCGAAGGCUUGCGAUGGUAAAGAGGACUGCAGCGGAGCAGAAGAUGAGUCAGCCUGUGUCACAAAGUUUGGAACCAACUCCACAUUCCCCUUACGGCUGAUCUCAUAUCGUAAUCUACUACAGGUUUACAACCCUGUUAGCAAUAACUGGAGAAGUGUAUGUGCAGAGGGAUUCAGCCAAGAACAUGCACAGACCGCUUGUCAAAUUCUCGGAUACACAUCUGCACCAUCGUACAGCAGAGUUCCAACAGCACCUUUAAACUUUGAUAUAAAGUCAUCUUUCUGCAUUGUGGGCUCAAGUAAACAACAGACUUUCCUCUCCACUGUUUCAGAUCGCACAGUAUGCAGUACAGUUGUUGCGUUGGCAUGCUCAGCUGACUGUGGCGUGAGCCCGAGCCAGGAACGGAUUGUUGGUGGACAGAAUGCGAUCAUUGAGAACUGGCCCUGGCAGAUCAGUCUGCAGCACAGCGGUCAACACACAUGUGGAGGAUCACUAGUGUCUCCACGCUGGGUGGUCACUGCCGCCCACUGCUUUAACGGCGAAGGGAGGAAGGAUUUGGGCAGAUGGAAAGUGGUCUCUGGAAUCACAUAUCUGGGCUCUUCUGGGGCUUCUGCUGUGGACAAGAUCAUCCUCAACAGAGAAUACACCUCAUCACGGAAUGACUAUGACAUAGCCAUGAUAAGACUUCAAGCUCCUAUUACUGUUGGAGAAACCCGUAGGCCCGUGUGCCUUCCUCCUCAGGACCUUGGCCUCAAAGCAGGAGUCAACUUUUUUGUAACUGGCUGGGGACAUGUGAAGGAAAAAGGAAGUUUAUCUUCAAACCUACAGAAGGCUGACGUCCCUCUCGUAGACAGAGACAUAUGUUCCAAAGUGUAUGGUUCUAGCAUAACUCUCAGGAUGAUCUGUGCGGGUUAUCUAGAGGGCAAUGUAGAUGCGUGCCAGGGUGAUAGUGGUGGUCCUUUGGUAUAUUCAUCUGGGCGUUGGAUGUUGGUGGGGGUGGUGAGCUGGGGUCAUGGCUGUGCCAGGGCAGGUCAUCCUGGUGUUUAUACCAACAUGGACCAGAUGAUCGACUGGGUCCACUCAGUCAUGCAGGAGUUUCCAUGAGUUUGGGAAAAAGGACACACUCGGACAAACCCACAACAUGGAUUCCCAGAGAUCUUCAGUACGCAAAAAGAGAAAAAAAUGUGCACUAUACAUACAGUAUAUGGUUUAAAACUUGGAAUUCAGAAUAUAAUUUAAUCUUUGGAAACCUAAAGGAAUGUUGUGGGAAUCUUUGUUCUGCGCUCAGGGUCUUGUGAAACAAUUGAAGGUGCCAUAAGUAUAAUUUUGCACACUGUUAUAAAUGAUGUAUGCCUCUGCACACUAAAUACUAAAGGAGACAUUAAUGAAUUCACUCUUUCUGUGAACUGCAGCAAUGCACUUUUGUCAGUUUGAAUCACAGUAAAAUGCAUUCAACAGCCACAAGAGAGUGCUGUUUUAUCUACAAGAUGCCAAAACCUUGAUCUGCUUUGCUCUGCCAAAAAAUACAUUGGUGCCUUUAACAUGCAGUAGAGCAUCCAUGUGAUGCAUUUGAAGUAUCGUAAGAAACGUAAUUCUACAUUUUUUGUGGUAUGUGAUAUAGAGACCUCAUACUGUGCAUAUUGUAGUUUUGGGCAUGACAACUGCAAACUAUGUUUGAGUACUCGAGACAUAGCAAUCACAACUGAAGUUGCUAUGAUUCUUCAUACGAUUACAAGUUUUUUUCAAAUGAAUGUAUUCUAGACAGAUAACUGUUUUAAUGUAUGUAGCACCAAGCAGUAAACAUUUGUUUUACAGCAUUUAACUGUUUUUAAAAGAUUUUUCACGUAUUUUUGAAAUACGGUAAAACACAAUAAAUAUAAAAAACGUAUACGAUACUAUCUGUGGCUCAAGCUGCUAGAAAAUUUCUGUUUUUACAGAUUUUUCACGUACAAUGUAAAAAACUGAAUUUCAGUGUUUUUACCUAAUUUCACGUUUUUUUGAAAUACGGUAAAGAGAACCUUUUAAUUGCAGAAAAUUUACAAGAAAAACAUGAAACAUUUUCCGUGGAAAUCUUUCAGUGUUUUUUUGUCGCCCCAGCUGCCGGAAAAUUGUAUGUUUUUUUGAACAGGAUUUCUACACUUAUGUUCAUAUGCUGUUUGAAUGAAAAUCAGUUCUCACUUUGAAUUCUUCAGGAGUGAUAGUUGUGGAAUGCCACAUUUGGAAAUACUCACAUUUUGUGAGAACAGAAGACGGGUUUAAACACCCGAAACAGGAGUGACACGAAAUUAGCUGCUGUGUGCAUGGUCAUUGAAUCAUGUUUACAUGAACGAUUGUGGAUUAGUAUUAAAUUAUUCGCAUUGGGUUGUGAAACUCAAAUAGCUUUCAAUAUUUGUUAAAAAGAUCAGAAAAAGCAUGUUUUUUAUUUUAAUUAAAAAUAUACAUGGUUUUGUAUACUUUGAUUUUUGUUAAUUUAUUGACAUUGUUUUGUGAUGUAUGGUAAAUGUGUAAAUAGGGUGUUGAUGCAAGCAUUUGAUAAACUGAAUUUACCCUCAUUGUAAAAGUUAAGGUUAUUUCUUUGUAAAUAUUGUACACAUUUUGUUCUGUUGGUCAUAUCGAUUUAUUGUAAUAAAAUGGGUAAACAGUAA